AUGCAUUCGAGUGCCGUAACCGUGCAAACUGCUAGCUCGCCCCCGUCUCCGCUGGACAGCAGUCCCAGGAGGCUGUCUUGGGGCAAUCUGGUGCAAAGGCUGACCGAUAGCAUGGAGUCCAGGUCCAACAAUAGCAGCAGGAGCGACCUCUCGGACUCAGUGUCUGACAUGUCCGAGGAGGACCUCUUCAAUGACCCCACAGAGGAGGCCAUCUUGAAAGAGGUGGUGGAGCUGAUUGAGCGAAGCCUGCGAGAAGCUAAAGACUCGGCGUGCGCCCUACGCUGUGCCAAACUGCUGAUCCCCGACCGGCUCCUGGAGCGCAUCGGGGGCGAGCUGCUGCACCUGGCCACCAGCGAGCCGUGUGGCUUGCGCGGCGCGCUCGUAGACCUGUGCGUGGAGCGGGGACCGCAGUGCGAGAGUGUGGCGCAGCUCUCCGUAGACCCCUAUUUGGUGCCCACCUUUCAGCUGACUCUGGUGCUGAGGCUGGAGUCCGGCGGGUUGUGGCCAAAGAUCCAAGGACUUUUUAGCUCAAAAUCCCCCGCGGCGAGGCAAGCUAUUAAGCUUAGCACCGGGUUCCGAGUCAUCAAAAAGAAACUGUACUGUUCUGAAGAGCUGCUGAUUGAAGAAUGCUGA